UGGCAACGCUGUCUUAAACACAUUUUAUUUUGAUAAUUUAUUUGCUAGUAUUAACUUCUUAUAACUAUGAGUUUGGCCAGCAUAAAGCAGAAGGAAGCAAAGGGCAAAAAGAAGGUUCUGCCCAAGUUGCGAAAUAUAUUGGCCAAUCCAUACAAGCAGCACAGCCCAGUUCUUAGGGAAGAUGAACUGCUACAGCUUCGCCAGAUAUUGAUAGAGUCCAUAAAACGCAGUCCUCAUCCUGCAAAGACAUUUGCCACCCAUAAUAACAUACAUCUCGGUCUCGAGAGCUCCCUGCGUGCCAUCAACUCGAGGCGCUUCUCGUGCGUGUUUGUCUCGCUGAGUCUGAGGCCAUCCCAUAUCAUCCGUCUAAUAGCCACCAGUGCCGCCACUCAGUUGCCAACUGCUCCCAUUUAUGCGCAACCCAAGCUGGAGGAGCUAACCUUUGAUGUUUUCGGUGUGCGAGCACUUUGCUUGGUCUUGCCGCUGGACUUGGCUGCUGUGAGCCUGGAGCUGGAACACUGGGUGAAGGACCGUCAGAAGCCAGCUCCACAAAAUAUUCCUGUCAUAGUUAAAAAGUCUUCGAAGAAUCGUCAGGUGAAAAUUCAAGAUGUUCAGCCGGAAGAAACAGCACAGAAAGCAGCGGAGCAGCAUGCGGUUCCAGUAAACGCAUGGAGCGAUGACUACAUCACGUUUUCCAGUGACAAGUCAUGUGUAAAGGUAGAUCGAGUUGAUGCCCAUGUGGAGACUCAACAACUGGGCGCUGCACUCAGUAAUUUGGCCAUGAAAGCCAAAAGCAAAGCCACGGAGGAAGUGAAAGUGGAAUCCAGACCAACAAUAACCGAAUCUGUGGAUAGUGAGGAGCAAAUGGAAGUAGAGGCAGCGGAAGCCACCGAUGAGGAUGAUUUCCUGCCCAGCGACAAACAACACUACCGUCCAGUCAGUGUGCACCGGGUUCGGCCCAAUCCAGACAAGAAACCCAAAAAGAAGCGAAACAAAAAACAAAAACAACAGCCGCCAAGCACAACCAAAUAAAUUAUGUCUGGCAACGCCACCUCCAAUCAGCUGUAG